GUGGAUGCAUCAUUGCCAUUUGAUAUUAAGUCUUGAAAUAUGUAUUACAUUUCGAUAGUUAAAUUAUGCAAAGUUCUAGUGAUAUAUUAAGUAAUAUUUAAAGUACGGAAACAGGUGAUUACUGAAUACUAAUAUAUCGGAAGAAACAGUUAAUGGUAAUUCAUCAGUGCGAUGACAUUGUAAAAAAUAUGCGAAAUUAAAUUUUCUCAAGAAUGAACAUCAAUAUUAUCUGGACAACAUUUAUCUUGCAGUUUUUCAUAUUGAUUCAAGCAUUAACGCAUAAUUAUGUUGAAGAAGACAUGCAAUCAUUAUUCAAUAGAACUGAUUUGAGAUGUCCAAUGAAAUGUAACAACGGACCGUCAAUAUUUCAGAUGUCUUGCUGUAUAUGUCAAUCAAAAUCGGAUGUUAAAAAUCUGGGACAUUUAACAAUAGUAAACAAAAGAAACCAUUAUGAUCCAAAAAUUGUGAAUAAUGGAGGUAAACAUGAACUUUAUGUGCUGAAUCAUCGAUAUGGUAAUCUUGAAUUUCUGCCUGGGAAUACCUGUAAUUUUAAAGAACUGUUUAUAAUUGAUUUGUCUUUCAACAAGAUAAAGACUUUCGAUACAAUUUCGUGCUUGACAAACUUAGAUACUCUGCUGCUUCGUGGCAACAAUAUUCAGUACAUGAAUAAUAACACGUUCGUGAAUAUGAGGUUCCUUCGUAUAAUUGAUUUAUCAUUGAAUAAAAUCAGUUUAAUGGAUCCAGGUUUUCUGCUUAAUAUGAAGGGAAGUUUAUUUUAUCUCAACGUAUCUUUUAACAUGAUGUCCACUUUAGAUAUUACAAAUGCAAUCGCAUCAAAACAGAAAUAUUUUUGUCGGGUAGAUUAUUCCCAUAAUUCAAUAAAAUCACUAACAAAUGACCAGACAUGGAAAUUAAAAAGGAAUACCACACUUGGUCACGGAGGAAUGGUAAAUCUGUCAAAUAAUUCACUUACAUCGUUUUUUGAUCUGGAUACGUUGCAUUUUCUCGGAUUUGAACGCCUUCUCCUAAUUGGAAAACUUAUAUACUAUGGAUUUGACUUACGAGAUAAUAAAUGGAACUGCGAUUGCAAAAUCUAUCAAUUUGCCAAAGCAGCAGAACCACUUGCGCAGGUCAUGACAAGGGGUUACUUUGACGUUAAAUGUUAUGCCCCGGGAACAUAUAAAAAUAAAUCAAUUUUCACAAUUAUAAAGGACCGACAAUAUGAUGGUUUAAUUUGUAAUUUGUCGUUAGCAGACAAAUGUCCGCCGAAAUGUCGCUGUAUGUAUCAACCAGCUGUCAGAAAUAGGACUCUCAUUGAUUGUUCAGAGUUGCAUCUCACAAAGCUUCCACGCAUGCUCCCUGAUUAUAAUGUCUUAGAGGUUGAUUUAUCAAAUAACAGCCUACGAAAUCUGCCACUUCAGUUCAGACACAUGCAUAAACAUGGUCGAAAUAUUAAACACUACCUCGAGCGUAUUCGAUUAUUCAAUUUUUCAAACAACCAAGUUCGAAUGUUACCCCGCUCAAACUUGUUUCGCUUAAGGAAAGCAGAAAUCGAUUUUAGGGAAAACAAUAUUAAUUCAUUACACAGAUCUAUUGCGGAAUUAAACCCUUGCAACAUUUAUCUAGACACUAUAGAGAUGCAAUGUAAGUGUAAUGAUAUUUGGUUGCAACAAUGGCUUCCAAGAAGUGAUUCUAAAUGUCACAAAAAUGUACAAGUUUUGUGUCGGUUUAAGGAACAAUUAAUUUCCAUAAAGUAUAUGACAAGGAAAGACCUUGGAUGUAGAAUACCGGAUACUAAUUUCAUAUGGAUAAGUUCAAUUAUCGUUGCGGCGUUCAUUAUUGUCGUUUUACUAUCAGCAAUCAUAUUUUCGUUUCGAUUCGAGAUAUUUAUAAUUGGACGGAAAUUUGUAAAAUAUUUUAAGGGAACUUCUUAUCCUUUGACAUUGUUUUACGACGUAUAUAUUGCCUGCAAUGAAGAAGAUGAAAAAAUUCGUCUGUGGCUGACGACGCAUUUACUGCCUUCUCUAGAGGUGAACCACAUGUUUAGGGUGUUUUGGCCCUGCAGAGAUAGUGAAAUAGGAGUACCUCGCGAAGAGGAAAUGAUACAUGUGAUGUCACAUACUCAAACAUUUAUCAUCGUUUUGAGUGAAGAGUACAAGGGAACUAUUCGUUGGAACGAGAAAGAAUGGAAACAUGCCUGGCACAAUUAUACACGUGAUAUGAACAGGGAAAUUAUUAUUAUUAAUUACGACCUACUGGAGGCAAAUGAAAUCGCAAAGCGAUAUCUGGGAGCUUUUCUACGAAUUGGACAAUUUAUUGACUUUUCUAAUCACAAGAAGUCGAUAGAGGAUGAAAUAGCUUCCUUACUUACAAAACAAGAUAAAAAUUUAAAGAAAUACGAUAGAAAAAACUUUUCUCAUUCUCAAAUAGAUGAUGAAAAAUUCCCAUUUCUGAAACAAUAUGCUUUAUAUUCAGAGUUUCGAUGUAAGUAAUUGCAGAUAUUAAUGAGAUAUUGUAUCAUUUUUCCUUAACGUAUUAAAUGCUAUGUAUAAAUAGUUAAAACACUUUUA